GUUUCUUUCUUUCUCCCUGAAAAAUCUCUGGUUCGCGACAUCUCUUUGUGCCUGCGUCUUAGCGCGCGUGUGGCUUCUGCCAUGUCUGCCGAAUCCGCAACUGCAAUUCAAAGAAACCAAGUUGAUUUGCUCGACUUCGUAGACUGGAGUGGAGUCGAAUGUCUCAACCAAAAGACUGGCCAUUCUCUCGUUAACGCUCUGAAACAGGGUUAUAGAGAAGACGAGGGUUUGCAUCUGGAGAGCGACGCAGACGAGCAGCUCUUGAUUUAUAUUCCUUUCGCCCAGGUUGUUAAACUGCAUUCCAUCCUCAUCAAAGGUCCUGAAGAGGAAGGUCCUAAGACUGUGAAGCUUUUCGCAAAUAAGGAGAACAUGGGUUUUAGUAAUGUCUCUGACUUUCCACCAAGUGACUCAAUUGUUCUAUCCCUAGAUAAUCUUAAGGGAAAGCCAGUUACACUAAAGUAUGUCAAGUUUCAGAGUGUUCGCAGUUUGACUAUUUUUGUUGAGGGAAACCAAGGCGAUACCGAUAUUACAAAAGUUCUGAAGAUUGUCAUCUAUGGAACAACGGUGGAAACAACGGAUAUGAAAGCGUUGAAGAAAAUCGAGGAUCACUGACAACAUAGAGAGAUUUUAGCAUAUUGCUUAUUCGUUUUUUUUCAUCUCUGUUCGUUAAAUCUUUCUUUUUCUUUUAUAAAUUUGUGAACUGAAACUUACUCAUAACUGGUGAAAGGGGAUACAAAAUAGUAUAGUUUCUCUCUCUGCCUCGAUAAAAUGCAUGACCACGGGGAUAAUCCUUUUUCAUUUGA